AUGGAAUUUACAAGUUUAAUUGUUCCUCUCACGACAAAUAUGUGUCGGACAUGUUUAGUAGAGUUCGAUUCAAAUGACGACACCAUGUUUAUGAAAAUACAGGAUCUCAUUGAACAUGAGAACAUAAAGAUCAAAUUAAUUGAUAUAUUGGUUUUUCUCAAUUGCUUGGAGCAUAAUGAUGAAGAAAAUUGGCCUCAAGGUAUAUGCUCUACAUGUGUAGCUACAGCUAUAAUGGCUUAUGGUUUUAAGCUCAACUGUUUGAAAGCUAAUGCUACUCUCACCCAAAUUCUAACUAUACAACCUCAACUUCCACUGAGUUCUGAUUUAGAUAAUAUUGACAUAAAUGUUGUUUAUCAAGACCAUGAAUAUGAGCUACCAUUUUUUACCAGUCAGUCGGUUUUAGAUUUUGAGUCCAGCUUGCCUGUAAAUAAAGAACUGACUCCAUUACCCCCGGUAACUGAGAUAACAGCCACGGAACACCCACCAAGGACAGUUGGUGAUAAAAAAUAUGCAUGUUCCUUUUGCAACAAAUCUUUCACAAGGAUAUUUAGUUUAAGGUAUCACAUGGCCAAGCAUAGUGGUUUUCAGAAAUAUUUGUGCCCUAAAUGUGGCAAAAAGUUCUACACAAAUAAUGGAUUGAAUCAACAUCUUAUUUCCCAUAAAGAUUCUCAAUUUAAAUGUGGAUUUUGUAACAAAACUUACAAAACUAGACAAUCAUUGAAAGAGCAUUUCAGAUUAGCACAUUCAAACAACCGCUAUUCAUAUAUAUGUGUAACAUGUGGAAAACAAUUCACAGUUAAAUCCUCACUUAUGAAACACACAAAAAUUCAUACUGGCCAAAAACAAUUUUCAUGCCCACUAUGUCCCAAAACCUAUACCAGGGCUUCCUAUUUGAGAAGUCAUAGUCUUAUUCAUACUGGUGAGCUGAAACCUAAACCUUUUCAGUGCACUUACAAUGAGUGUAACAGAAGUUUUUCUAGUAAACAUUCACUAUUAGUACACUUUGCCUAUGCUCAUUCUAGUGAAAGACCACACAAAUGUGAUAUUUGUUCUAAAGGAUUUGCUACUACAUCAGGCUUGAGAGUCCAUAAAGAAUCACACACAGGAAGUAAAGAAGUGACAUGUAAGAUAUGUCGAAAAAAGAUUUCAAACCGAAGGGUUUUACAAAAACACAUGAGAAUUCAUCAAGAAAGUCAGUAA